AUGCAGAGCGUGAAGGAUGUUGGGGUAACGCCACUGAGGCCGUUUUGUAGUACUCCACUGACACAGGUGCCGGAUGUCGUGUUGAUACCGCCCUUUUACGUCAUUCUGCUGGCGAGUGUUUUGUGCUGUUUGUGGAACACGGCUUUUAAUUAUUUUAUGUCCCGCCCUGGCAAACUUGCACACACAAUUCGAAAGUGGGGGAGAAUUUUACGGUUGACUCGUCGAACGAAAAUAUCCAAUUUGCAGGAACCCAGCGGGAUCCCACCGAGCUGUGGCGAAGCUUCCAUUGAGACCGAUGGACUUCUUGGCACGAGUAUUUUUACUGGCGACAACUCCUACGACACAUUUUUUAUUCAACGUAUGUCUGACACUGAGUUACAGGUGGAGGCUCCUCUCCAACCGCACGCCAACGUAUUAAACAACGCUCUGCGUGACUCCCUUCGGUCUGUAAGAAAGGAGGCACAGCACAUGGUGUUUGUGUACAACCCAAAAUAUAUGAUUGUAGCAACAGUAAAAAGCCUGAUGAUGCUGGUUGUGCUGCAGUAUCACUUUGACUACAAGGGCGGGUGGGACCGCCUCGUUGUUUGCUCCGCUGCCAACUUGAUGAGUGGGCUGUUGACUCCCGUCCUGGAGUACGGUGCGAGGUUGCUGCUGCCUUUAGACCUCGAGCGUGGGACGCGAGGGGUGAUUGUGGAGCCGGAAGAGCCGGCAGACUCGGUGCUUAUUGUGGAGGUGCUUGGUCACAUUGGCAGGCUGGAGCUGGAGGAUCUUGAAACGGUGCUGAUUCAGGGAAGCACGUUCAUUGUCUUUGGAGCUGCCCUUCUUCCUGCAGUGGUUGUUUUCUGUUUGGCUGGCGUUGCCUCCUUUCUCUGGCUUUUUUUGCCGGUGUGGACGCUUUACAUGGUUGUGCGCCGCCUGUACUACGGGCACAUUGGUGAGUUGGAGAUGCAAAGGCCGUCAUUAGGGCCGAUGAAUGUGUUUUUGACGCCGGCUGGUGAGUUUGCGAAGGCGGCGUUCCUAAAAGUCAUGACGCUCUUUCUGCUUCAAUGGACAGUGCAGUGCAGUUUCUUGCUUGGACUGCUGCUACUGCAGGGCGGGGGGUAUGAAGAGGCUCUGCAACUUGAGGCCAGUCAUCAGUUCUGGGGGUGCUACAAUAUCCCCGAGAUGACGAGGUUUGAGUGGCUCUGCUUCGCAAGUCAAAUACUUUUUUGA